CAUUCCCUCUCUCUUUGCCCACCCCAACCUUUCUCUUCGUUCUGCAUCGCAUUCUUCCGGCUGGCUUUUCUCCGUCGUUUCUUCUGCCUGAAUUCUCAAUAAAGCCAUGUCCUCGGCCGAACAACGCGAGCUCGAGGCGUACCUCGCUGCCAACAACGUCCACGGGUUUUUGAAGGAUUUGCUCGUCCAAAUCUGCAUCGACCGGCCAAAGGAUCUCGUCGAGCACGCCAUUCAGCACCUCUCUGCCAAGUCUGGCCGAACUGUCACAGCGCCAGCGCCAGUAGCAGCCACAUCUGCUUCUGGUGCUGCUGCCACUUCGAGCAUCAAGCCCGCCCCGGCGCUCUCCCUGACCACCCCAAAGAUUGUGGAAGAGUCCGAGGAGGAUGCCAAGUCGGACUCUGACGACGAUUCGAGCAGCACUGGUCGCCGCGACUCUAUUGAGGCACCCGUGCCCGCGUUUGCGCCGCCAAAGACGCUCCGUCGUCGCGGCGCCGUCUCUGCCUCCGUCAUGACCGAAGAGGACGUCCAGAGUUACGAAAAGAAGGUGGUACCGAAGGACUACAAGACCAUGGCUGCCCUGGAAAAGGCCAUCAAGAAGAACAUUCUCUUCUCGCAUAUGGACGAUGACGAGCGCAGCGAUGUGUUUGACUCCAUGUUCCUCGUCGAGCACAAGGCCGGCGAUGUCAUUAUUCAGCAAGGCGAUGAGGGUGACAACUUUUACGUCAUUGAUUCUGGUGAUGUUGAUGUCUAUGUGGCUGCUACCGGUGAUCAGCCCAUCACUUCUAUCUCCGACGGUGGCAGCUUUGGCGAGCUUGCGCUCAUUUAUGGCACUCCUCGAGCUGCUACCAUUAAAGCCAAGACUGACACCCGUCUGUGGGCCAUUGAUCGCAACUCGUAUCGCCGUAUUCUCAUGGGCAACACUUUGCGCAAGCGCAAGUUGUACGAGUCGUUCCUUGAGCGCGUGCCGAUUCUUGAAACUCUUGACAAGUGGGAGCGUCUCACCGUUGCCGAUGCCUUGGAGGCCGUAACUGUCGAAAACGGCGUUGAAGUUGUAAAGCAAGGCGAGGAAGGCAACGACUUUUACAUUAUUGUCGAGGGCAAGGCGCGUGUGCUCCAGCGCAAGAAUCCCGAAGACGAGCCCCUUGAAGUAGGACGACUGGGUCCGUCAGAUUAUUUCGGCGAGAUUGCUCUCUUGACCAACCGCCCUCGCGCUGCCACCGUUGUGGCAGAGGGCACGCUCAAGUGCAUCAAGCUUGAUCGUGGUCGCUUUGAGCGCGUUCUCGGCCCGUGCGAAGCCUUCCUGCGACGAAAUAUCUCCACCUACAACAGCUACAUCCAGCUGGUUGUGUAAACGUCCUUUUCUGGCUUCUGCUCGUUGAAUUAUCUUGAAUGUCCCUGCGCAAUUGUGCUUUGGCCCUGCGCUCUGUGUUUGUGGACAAAACGCCGCCUUCCCCUCCCCGCCUUCCCCAAUCUGUGCCUUCUCUAUGAUUUUGUGCUGCGGCUCGUUUAGCAUGGGAUGUCGGUUGCCUAUUUGUGGGGCUUGAGUGGUUUUUGUUUUUGUUUGUUUGUUUGUUUGUGGUUCGUUUGAGUGGAUGCUUCUGGUUCUUCUCGUUCUUUCCUUCUAUUGUCUUGUGUGCCUGCUAUGUGCAGCGGAACUUGUUAUCGUUGUUUUUGUGCAUCGCAAUCGAGCACUUUUCAAAGUGACCUUCCUUCUGAGCGUG